UGAAAGCACGAACUGCCCAAUUAGCCAAAAUAAAGUGGGUUAUAAAUAUUGUAUUCUACGUCUUACAAGCUGCCUUGAUGGUCUCUCUGAUCUGGAAGUACUAUUCUGAGCCAGUCACAGUGCUUCCAAGCAAAUGGCUUGCUCCGUUGGAGCGCUUGGUGGCCUUUCCUACGGGGGUGGCAGGUGGUGUUGGAAUUACAUGUUGGCUUGUGGUUUGUAAUAAAGUUGUAGCUAUCAUGCUACACCCUUUCAGCUGA